AUGAAGACCUGUGCAGCCUUUCGAAACUGUUUCUUGGUCGACGGUCUGCGACCCUGCUCCCUGAAGAGCCCGGUCAUCGACUGCUCAGGUAGGCGCCAACUUGCGAAAGUGGCGCUUUACAUCAUGUUCUACUAUGAAGGAGCACAUGUGGGAUUCCGUGCUGUCUGUGACGAUCUGUUCUCGUCGACACUUGUAUGUAUUCAAGCAGAAUUUGACUGCCGGGCAGCAGCAGCGGAACUACAUUGCAUGCCACCAGACUGGCACCCACAGCCGAAGAUUCCACAAGCCCUCGGAAGCAACGCUCCAGCUCACAACCGGUGA